CGCGUUUCUCCUUGAGCCGCCUAAGGACUGCUUGUUCCCAGAAUGGAAUGCAUUGUCCAAAAACUCCGCUAUGUUUGGUAUAAGAGGUGGAACGCGGGAAAAGCUUCGCUAGAGGAUCUGGUAUCCCUGGCUCCUGCUAGGUGCCUCGUUAUCAUCGCCAUGCCGUACGCGCUGUCCCAACUAUUCUGGAGGCGCAAUGCUGGUGAAUCGAGUCCGCAAGUCAUGCUGCACACCGACGCCCCCGUGUUUCGACUCCCUGCUGAGCUGCUGGGAGUUAUCUUCCUGUUCGCGUUGAUUGACGAAUGGGAGCCCAUGACGGAGUUCGACGAUGCGGCUUUCCCUGUCGAGCCUGUCGUUUUGUCGCACGUUUGCCGUCUGUGGAGAGACGUGGCCCUCGCCCAUUCGGCCCUGUGGUCGACGCUGUGGAUCGACCGGCCGAGGAAAGCGCAUCUUCCGAUGGUGCAGCUGUGGUUGGAGCGCUCGGCUUCGUGUUCUUUAUCCAUUUCCCUUCGACAGACGGACUACGCUCAGACUUUCUCGAAUCCGACACAGGAGGAACAUGAUCUCACAGAUCAGAUAUUGCUGCUUCUACUGGGCCACACCCAUCGGUGGUACUCCUUGCGUCUUUCGUUCACGACUUCAGCACAGCAGGCCCUGGCAUCGUUCUCGACUGGCGAUGCAUCGAUGGUCCAGCACGUCAGUCUCGAAACGGAUCGCUGGGACUGCCAGAGCGCAGAUGCCUUUCACUCUGCUUUGUAUUCAUGUCCAUCUCUACGACGGCUCAAUCUCCCUUCUUCCGCCAAAAACGAGCACAUUCCGUGGUCGCAACUGACACAUAUCGAGUCAGCGCCAGAGUGGACCUUGGAUACCUGUCUCAGCAUUCUGUCUUCCUGUUCGACGCUUCAGUCCGCGUCUUUGACCUGCUCCGCCGAUCCUGAUUGGCCAUCCGUUUCCUUCUCGGAAUGCGUAUCACUCCCACGGCUAGUGUCCCUGUCUAUCACAGGUUCCAGGACCGACCUCGCGUCGCUCUUCGAUCGUCUUACACUACCCAAUCUCGCAUCGCUUUCUCUCGAAUACCGACACGUCCCUCACUUGGAUCGUGACCCACACUCGCUCCACGACUUGCUCGCACGUUCGCACUGCAAUCUCACGGCAUUUUCGCUGCAUGAGAAGGCAAGAGCGAUGGAUACCCAACGUCACUUGCGGUUCAUUGCCACCUGCGCCCCGCAGAUGAUUGGGCUGUUAUCGUUGGAGCUUCAAGUCGACGUGGGCGAUGCAUUGGCACGUUGUUCGACUGCGACUGAUCGCGAGCACGAGUCGCCAAUGUUUCCAGGUCUCAAGUCGCUCAGUUUGGUCGGCUUGCGGCGCAAGCAGGUUGCGCAAGGCAAUCUGGUCGACACACGUCAUUCACAACGUCCUGCGAUGUACUCAGUCGACUCCCUGGCUGGUCCGUGCGACUGAUACCGCUUACAAGCGCCCAUGGGAGAGAAUAUCACAGGCUCUUCCGUGUAACGUGUCUGCUGUGUCGCAGUGUCCCCCAACCACUAUUCUGAGGUUGGCGUCCACGACAGUCGUCGCUCAAUCCCCUCACGCGCUCUACCACUCCCGAAUCGCUGUCCGUUUCACAUUGACCACUCUCGCUCGAUAUGGUGUUGUGUCAGAGACCAGAUACCCGUUCUAACGAUACGAAGCGGAUUUCUUUCUUGUCUCACGCUAUUAUAUAGAUAAGUACUAAUGAUAAAUAGUUCGAGUGGUAAGAGUUCGAUGUCCGACAUAUCAGUGGGCAUCGAAGAAAAAACAUCUUGUAAUCUAUUUUGACUGGAGAUAUCGCAGCCUAAGGUCCAGCCCUCUAGCAACAAGAUGGUCAACAAGCGGCAAGAUAUCGAACUCCCGGGCCCUGGUGAGAGACACAUCCAGCCGUCGCAAGGACCGUCCAUGGGAUAACAAGAGAUCGAGGAUAGCUUGAUCUGUGAGCUGCGAGGUGCGAUGGAUCUCCAGUGAUCUCAGAUUUGCCAGCAGGUGGUUCGAGGUUGUCAGCAGCUGGACGAGAUCCUCGGCAGACAUUGUUGGUUGCAAAGUGGCGAUCCCUACAGGAGACCAAGGAUCAUACCCAGGUCCAGGCUCGAUGCGUAGAGCCUUGAGCUUGGGCACCAGCUCCAUGCAAUGGAUGAAAGCGGCCCUCGUGACACCGGGGAUGUCCAUCGUCAGUCGUUCAAGGGCUGAUUGUCCAAGGAGUGGUGAGAAGGGCAAGAUGGCUCGGUGCGCAGAGGUGCUAUAUUCGUACUCGUAUUUGGGUCCCUCAUAUGCGAAAGAACGCAGGCUGGGAAGAACUAGCGAGCGGAAGAAGUGCAAGGCGUUCGGCAGCGCGUAUUCUCUGUUCUCGACGCUCAGAUGCGUGAGAAGGGGCAUGGUCACGAGGGUUGAUAGGUGGUUCUUCGACGAUUCGUCUGCUUCAGGCAUCGCCACAACUUGUUGAUCCGACGUAACGCAUAGCUUGAGCUGGACGAGCCGGGUGCAUUCUCGCAAAAGAAGUAAAGCGGAUUGCAUCGUGAACUGGUAGAUGGUCGAGUCCUUCAGCCCGCCGCCAAGGAGUGUCAGCGACGAGAGGAGCGGCCAGAUCACCGGUAAGGUCAGAAACUUGCCGCCCAGGUUCACGAGUGAGACCUUGCGCAGCGCGUAGGUGCGCAGAAACGGCAAUUUCCUCCAUGGAACAUCGAGCGGUGCAUCCGAGUUCCUCCACGUGCCUACUCCUAUCGAUGUCAGCGAGAUCGAUUCGAGCCUAGGCACAUCCUGCGGCCGCAAAUUCGUCAAGGGCGUCAACGUCGUGUGCGGAGACAGAGUGAGCUUCACGCGACGCCAGCGCGUAGAGAAGCGCGUUAGGACGUCAAUCACCGUCGCGAUGUUAUCCGAAUCAGGCUCGCAUGCGUCUGACACGGCUAGGCUAACGCACAGGCCUAAGGCGCCUGAGCGAGAUAGCCAGUCGUCCACCGCGUCACAGAGCCGGUUUAGAUGCGCCUUGUCUGGGACAACGACGUGAACGUUCUUCCACAGGUCGGGUGUUGUCAUAUAUGCGAGACGACGCCAUCCGGAGCAGAUCCGGCCGAGGAGCAGCGGUGCUUCUUUCGUGCUCAUGUGCGGAUCAGGAGGGACGGUUGCGCGGAAGAUCUCACAGAGGAUGUCGUCGGGGAGUCGACGAGUUACGGAGAUGACUGAGCGAAGGGCUUCCAUGGAUUCCUGUACAGCCCGAGGCUGCGCGGAGACUGUCGUGGACGCCGCGGGUAGAUCGGCGCUCAGCGACUGCAGGCGUCCCUGGAGAAAUUCCAGUCGGGUCUGGAUGGAAACGCGUUCUUCCGCUGUUGGAACGCGAUUGGAGGUGAUGAGGCGCGUGAAAUCGGUCUCCAUCCUUGCGCCCAAGUCGCCAGGCGCACGGUCGCGGGUCACAUCUUGCGCGUAGUCCAUGUCCAUCUCUGGUCAAAUACAGAGUCAGCAAGCUACUCAUGCGAGUGCGGAAAACAUGCCUUUUCCGUCCGCAAUGUUCCGACGCCCCAAGACGCUCGCUGUGUCGAGUCGAGGAGCGGAAGAGGAAGUCGAGCGUUAUGACACGAUCUCGCACGCAUCAUCACCGAAAUAAGCGGAUAAUCUUUGCGGAGCUUGCGGCCGCGAACGCCUUGAGCGCCAAAAUUUGAUGAUCAUGCUUGUCCUCAGAAAGGAUCUGGGCGUGAAGUGUUUCGCCUUCGUUUUUGCGGAAACAAAAAAAUGGCGAACGUCGCGUUGCACAGCCACGAUCGCCCGAUUCGAUGACAUCUUGGCAGGCUCCUGCCUUUGACACCAGCAUUGCUUUUACAGGCUAUGUGCAUAUUAUUAUCAGGUUUAUGAUAUCCUCUGACUGUACUACGUCAGACAGAGCUCCUCAAAACGCUCUGAACGGCAAUCUCAGAGCUGAGCAAUGUCCACUGGUCUUUCCUGAGAAGUCUCCUCUUAUUUUCACAGAACGGAACCUACAUUUGCGGGUGGAGAUUAAUGUGGCCAGCGAAAUGCCCAUCAAAUCCACUCGAUUCAACAGCAAAUGGAGGAAUCAAUGCAGAGACUACGAUUGUCCGUCUUGACUUUGAGAGAAUUAAUCUGGAGGAGGCAGACACAAAAUGGAAUGUCACAUCAUCACCCGCGAAGCUUAUUCUUCAUGGAAUUCGUUCGAAGUUCCUACAAGCACUGCGACGCACCAGGGCUCACAACUUCUCUCACGAGUCACAACAGUAUCAUGGAAGCUAUAAUGAUCGGCACCAGCAACUUUUGACGAAGGAGAAAAAUUGCUUCAUGGCCCGUCAGUGCGGACGUUCUUAACCGAUCAAUGACUGGUGCUUGCCUCAUGCAAAUGAAAUGAAAUGGAUGCGGCCCGCCGGCGUCACCGGCACCUGGAAUGUUGAUAUUGAGAACUCUACACGGCGGGAGAGCGAUGCAGUCCGUCUUCGGAAGGAGAUCGGCGGCGGAUUUUCGUCCGCUCACGAUCUGGAGAAGAUUUGGGAUGGUUCGUGACUGAAACGACCGAGUUCGAAGUUCGGUCAACCGAUUAUCGGACCAAAUCGAUGUCAACGUACGUCCCAUCCGUUGAGAAAGUACUUGUUGUCCGUGAAAUUGGAUGUCACAUGCAAAUUCAAAGCCAAAUCAGCACCGCCCGGAGACGGCAGCCCGUAACUUUCACGCGCGCGAGAGACCGGAGGUCUUGUUUUCGCAGAGGCCGCUCCAAGGUGACCCGCCGAAUCUCUGGUUCUCUCUCUUCGGUACCGAGGUACCUGAGUAGAGCAGAAUGAACACCUUCCGCUGUGCUGUUGCCUUCGGGCGUAUGCUCCGGAUUCGAUAAUUCGAAAUUGGCUGCGUGGCAUGCACGAGUGUCGUUGGCCGUCAGUUGAGGCACCUCUAACGCAGAGCAAUAGUUGGACGAACGCUCUGGCUGGAUCCGAACGGAAUUCACCGCGAGCGGAUCAGUGGUGGCUCCGCCUGCUUCGAUGACGGUCAGGUGGUGAUCAUCAAUGCUGCAGGAAGAAUUUUGGGAUGAAAUGAUGUCCCGUUAGCGAGUCACAAACCUGAGGAUGUAAUUGGGUUUUCAGGACAUCGGGAUCAAUCGAAAACUAUACUCAUUCUAGGUGAUGAGCAGCGAGUCAAAUCUGAGGCAGAAGCGGACUCUCUUCCC